GAAAGUAGCGUGGGAAACGUGACGUAGAUCAAAUCUGCGUUUUGAUUGGUCUCAGGCGGUGUCACACAAAAGCGUCGGUUUCUUUUGGGUUUGCUCGCCCCGUUAGCACGCGCGUGCACCGACCUAAACUCUGUUUUAGACAAGUUUGUCUUGUACACCGGUGUGGAAAUGGAAGCAGGCAGGAUGCUGACAGAUUAAAAAACAUCAAAAAGUUGGAUUUGGACGAUUCUGUUAUAAACAAAUGAACCUGCACGUACAUACAUGAAGUUUUUCGAGUUUAUACGGAAUAACGUUUUGUCUUUGGAUUUAAACCUUACACAAGUCAGCUGUAGAGAGAAAGAAAGAAGAGAGUCUGCAAGAAAAUGAAUAAUAAUAUGUCUUUUGACGAUCCGUCACUGGAUAGCUUGGAUCCAAGUAUAUCCCUGAAUGAUCCGAGUGAUAUUGACACAGCUCUGCUGAACGACAUUGACGAUAUGCUCCAGCUCAUCCACAACCAGGAGAUCCAGGAGUUCCCGGAGUUCUUGUUUGAUCACACCACCUUUCCUCCACCACCAGCUCCAACACAUGACCUUUCAACCCUGGCUCCUUCCAGCUUGGCUCUCACUUCUCACACUUCCUCCACCUCAUCCAAUUCGUCAACCAUCCUGAGCAGCAGCCCACAUCUGGAUGCUCUGCUGGGUCCCCCUGUCAGUCACAGCUCCUCCACCCCAGAAAAGACCUUCCAUGCUCCAAAAUUUCAGCAGUCUUCCUCCACCAAGGUAACAUCUACUCCUGUGGCCUCAAGUCAGGUGAAGCAGCUCAAAGCUCAAACAGCUCAACCUGUACUUCACCCACCAAGCCAGGCUCCUCAGAGCCCUACAUUCACCUCAAGCCCUCAGCAGCCCGUGACUAACUACACAAACCCGAAUGGAUACACUGGUAUAGUAGUUACUCAGCAGGGCACUCAGCCUGUGCCCAGUGUGCCCCAGCCUGUGCCCAGUGUCGCCAGCUCUCCACAGAACAUUCAGCCGGUAGCCAUCCAGGCUCAGGUCCAGAGUUUGUCCCCAACUCCUAUCCUCGCCGCCUCCUCCAGUCCUCCAGCACAGACUCAUGUCCAGCAAGUUCCUGUAAGUGUCUUGUUGCAGCCUCAGUUCAUCAAAGCAGAAUCUCUCCUCCUCACCACCCUGAAGCCGGACGUGUCUAUGAUAACUACAGUCGCGUCUCCAUGCAUCACGUCUCUGACCACAUCCACAGCUCCGAUGCAGAGCACCUCACUGCAGGCUCUGAUGAAUGGCGGGACUAUCCUGACCACAGUUCCUGUCAUGGUGGACACAGAGAAGCUGCCCAUUAACCGUAUAGCCAUUAGCAGCAAGCCAGGCAUGCAUUUCCAUAAAGGCGAGAAGCGCACAGCGCACAACGCCAUCGAGAAGCGCUACCGCUCUUCCAUCAACGACAAGAUCAUCGAGCUCAAAGACCUGGUGGCUGGCACUGAGGCUAAGCUGAAUAAAUCUGCAGUGCUGAGGAAAGCCAUCGACUACAUCCGCUACCUUCAGCAGUCCAACCAGAAACUAAAGCAGGAGAACAUGGCUCUCAAAAUGGCCAACCAAAAGAACAAGUCUCUCAAAGACCUGGUGGCCAUGGAGGUUGAUGUAAAGGCUGAACUUCCCACUCCUCCAGCCUCUGAUGCUGGGUCUCCGGAGCCCAGCGGCUCCUUCUCCCAUUGCAGCAGUGACUCUGAACCUGACAGUCCCAUGGGAGAGGACAGUAAGCCUAUGGCUAAUGCUGAGAAGGCUGCUGGAGGGAUGUUGGACCGCUCACGGAUGGCUCUGUGCGCCUUCACCCUCCUCUUCCUCUCCUUCAACCCGCUGGCGUCUCUGAUGUGUGGGAGCCAAAGCAGGGCUGCAGAAGAUGUUUCUCCAGGCCACGCAGGAACUGGCAGGACCAUGCUUGCUGUUGAUAAUGCAGCUGAUUCAUGGGGCUGGAUGGAUUGGAUGCUGCCCACUCUGUUGGUGUGGCUGCUAAAUGGUGUUCUGGUAGCUGGUGUUCUGAUCAAGCUAUUGGUGUAUGGAGAGCCCAUCACUAGACCACACUCUGAAUCCUCCGUCCUCUUCUGGAGACACCGUAAACAGGCUGAUCUCGACCUGGCCAGAGGAGACUUUGCCCAGGCCUCUCAGAACCUUUGGACAUGUUUGAAGGCUCUUGGACGUCCUCUGCCCACCUCUCAGCUGGAUUUGGCAUGUGCUGUGCUCUGGUCCACCCUGCGUCUGUGGCUGCAGAGGCUGUGGGUAGGUCGCUGGCUGGCCUGCAGGGCUGGAACUCUGUGUGCCGAUCGCCCCCUACAGGAGGAUGCACGCAAGAGCAGCCGUGAUGCCGCCCUCGUCUACCACCGCCUGCAUCAGCUGCAUAUGACCGGGAAGCUGGGUGGCAGCCACCUGUUCGCGAUGCACAUGGCACUGAGUGCGGUCAAUCUAGCCGAGUGUGCUGGAGACUGUCUGUCUGUGGCCACGCUGGCUGAGAUCUAUGUCUCUGCUGCCCUGAGAGUGAAAACCAGCUUGCCCCGCCUGCUGCAUAUCACCUCUCGAGGCUUUCUGAGUCGUGCGCGACAGGCCUGUCUGUCCCCUAGUGGCAGUGUUCCUCCUGCCAUGCAGUGGCUCUGCCACCCUCUGGGUCAUCGCUUCUUUGUGGAUGGCGACUGGUCUGUACGCAGCACCCCUAAAGAGAGCAUCUACAGCCAGGCUGGAAACACAGUGGAUCCUCUGGCUCAGGUGACUCAGGCUUUCAGGGAGCACCUGCUGGAGAAGGCUCUGUACUGCGUCGCUCAGCCACGUGGAGACAAAAGCUCCAACGAAGGACAAGGCGAGUACUCCGAUGCCCUGGAGUACCUGCAGCUGCUAAACAGUGCAUCUGAUGCUGCAGGAGCUACAACACAGGCCUUCGCCAUCGGCUCUAACAUGGCCACCGUCACCGGAUGUGACCCUCACUCAAAAUGGUGGUCGUCCGUUGCCGUGGUGAUUAUUAACUGGUUGCAGGGAGAUGACGUAGCGGCAGAGAGGUUGUAUCCAGCGGUGGAGCACCUUCCGCGCAGUCUUCAGGCAGACGAAAGUCCAUUACCCAAAGCCUGUUUGAACAUGUUUAAAGCAGUGCGUGCCCUGCUGGCCAAACCAGAGAACAGACAGCUGAGCCUGAACUACUGUGAGAAAGCCAGCAGCCUGUUCAGAGACAGCCUUAACCUGGGGCCACACUGCAGCAGCAGCACCUUAGAUAAGUUAGUGCAGUUGUUACUGUGUGAUCUGCUGCUGGUGACGCGCACCAGCCUGUGGCGAGAGCAGCAGAUUUGUUCUCCGGCUUCCCCUCAGCAGAGCUCGGCCUCAGCCGCUUCUCCAGCCGAGCUUCAGGGCUUCCAGCAGGACCUGAGCUCUCUGCGCAAACUCGCCCACAGCUUCCGACCCGCCAUGCGAAGGUUGUUUCUGCAUGAAGCCACUGCCAGGCUGAUGGCAGGAGCAAGUCCAACACGCACACACCAGCUCCUGGACCGCAGUCUGCGCCGGCGUGCCACACCUGGAGGCAAAAUCGAGGAGUGUGAGACACGGCCAGGCCAGCGUGAGCAGGCAGAAGCAGCCAUGUUGGCAUGUUGGUAUCUGCCUCCGUCGUUCCUGUCGGCCCCGGGCCAGAGGGUGGGGAUGUUGGCAGACGCUGCACGCACUCUUGAGAAGCUGGGGGACAAACGUACUCUUCACGACUGCCAGCAGAUGAUCAUCAAACUGGGCAGCGGGACCACGGUUGCCUCCACUUAGAGACCAAGCAAAAGACCUCCCCAACAUUACCCCACCCUCCUGCACUAACACAUCAAUCUCAAAUUUUCUGUGCCACAUUUUCUGGCUACAGGCUUCAGCCUUUAUCGUUUAACCAGCUAGUAAUCCGUUUCCCCCCCCAAUUUGUUCAUUUCUUUUUACCUUUAACAGCUACUAUUUAAGUAAUUUAAUAAUUUAAUUUGUUUUUUCCUGUCAGAAUGUUGAAGCGCUUAUGGUUCAUGUUUGACAUCUUACUUAAAGGUGCAGUCAGUAAUUUUAAAUGCAGAAGUAGUUUUGCGAGAUUUGGCAAAGUUCUCAGUUUUAGGCUGAUGUCCAUUUAAGGUCAGAAGGUGAGAAGAGAAUCUUCAGUGUCUGUGGUGUCCCAGGCUCGGGGAACAGGAGAAAAAUUAAGAGUAUGGAUACCGGUAUGAAACACCGUCGAAUCAAUCAGAACUAUAGAGGUGUUUCAUUUUACCUCUUAAUCCUGAAACCUGCUCAGACACACUAAGAAUUCAAACAUUGGCUUCUGCAUGUUUUGGUUGGGGAUUUGUUUUUGAUUCAAAGCAAAGCAACUAUCUUUCUCUUAAAAAUUACUCCUCUGCCUUUAAAGUAAUAUUUCACAGAGAGCAAAUAAAGCCGCUGUUAGUGUACUUAUAAUGAGGUGCUGGUGGUGUAAGCACCAGCUUUGUCCACUAGAUGGCAUUUUAUCGAGUAGCUUUGAACGCUUAUGAGGGGCAUUCGAGGGUGAUUGGACACGAAUCAUUGCAGUUCCUCUGAAAAUGUAAUACUGGCUUUCCACACACAGAACAAUCUGUCUCCGGCUAUAAGGUCACGAUGGUGUACGUACAUGCGUGUGCAUGAUCCCGUCUAAAGCAGCACAUCAGACACCUAGUUAUUUGCCUGCUGAGUCUCCUGGUUCAAUGCAGUAUAGCCAGGUGACUCAGCUGACUGGAAAUCAAGGUUUAAUCAGUGUGCAAGGGAGCUAGGCGUUAGGGGACAUGGUGAGUGUGAAGAGAUUUCCUUUUCAUUACCAUUUUCAUCUGUACAGACCUUUCUAAUCUGCACUACCCUUACCGGGGCUGACUUCUACAUGAUUUACGAGCGUGUAAGGCUUUACGAGAUUCUUUUCUUGUAGCGUUUUCCUUGUAUAUAUUUUUAAAGAUAUGUAUUUAUAAUUUUGUCUAAAGAUGUUCAUGAAAAGUAUUUUGUAGGAACAGAAAAAAAAGGACUACUUGGAUGUUUCACUGGAACACAGUGAUGGAGCAGAAAACAUUACUUAUGAAGAAACAGAAUAGUGGGGUUAAAAAAAAAAAGUGCUCAACAGUGCGAACAUGAAACGGUUUAGGGUUUCACUUUAAAAGUGGAGAACCUGACUGCUGGACAUCUAGUCCCAGAUAGGUGGGAGAGACUCCUACAGUGUGCUUGUUCUCUAAGAGUCUUCUGUUCGAUUUUAAGAGAACAGUUUCAGGUAAAAUGGAUGGCUGGAAUAAUAAAAUGAAGGGUCUCAAAAAUAUCUGAGCCAGUAAGUUUUGACUGUUCACCUUCGUUCGUACCUUUUAUCCAUAAACAAAAUUUUUAGAGAUCCAAAUACCGUCUUUAUUGAACUUUCAGCCACUGUAAAGUUUCAAAUGAGCUUUGUUAAAUUUACAGUCAAGUUUCAGAGCUUGUAUUGUAAACAGCUGACUCAUGACCUGUAUGCUAAUCAGUGUGUAGAGCUCAUAGUCAAAAACGUUUGAACAAGUCUCUCUGAUUGUCGGCUUCUUGAUUUAUUCUUGAGAAUGUAAAUAAAAGUUGUUUUGUAACAUA